AUGUUCAAGAAACCAGAAAAGCGAGCGCCUAUCAGCGACUCACUUAAACGUGCAAUCUGUGCCUUUCACAACGCUAACGUGCUAUAUACUCAUGUUGAGAUUGCGGCUCAUUUCAAUGCUAUGUAUAAUGACUUGAACAUCGAUCAAACAACCCGUGGCUGUUAA